GACCUUUUUUUUCUUUCGCGCACACACACCAUUAGGCGUCGGUCGCAUAUUCCAACCCAUUCGAUCGGUCGGCAACACCGGGCGAGAGACGAUUUCUUCAUCUCCUCGCCUCGCCCCCGCCGCCAACGCAAAAUCUCAUAUUCACACAACUGGGUUGCCUGGUUGGCUCCUCUUCUCCUCUCCCUUCAGUGUGCUCCUCCCAUGGGAGAGCCCUCGGUUCCUUGCCCCCACAUCGCUCUUUCUUGGCCUCCGGAUGGCUCUGUAACGCUCGAAUGGAUCCGACGUUUGACGGCCAUCCUCGAUUGGUCCUCGCGCAACCUCCCGCCCUCCGAUCUCCCCACACUCCUUCCCUCUCCUGUCCUCCUUCGUAUCCUUCUUGCCGCCUCCGACGUCCUUCACAAAGAGCCCAAUUGUGUGAGAGUUCAAGCCGACGACGACCUCAGCGGCGUUGUUGUUGUUGGGGAUGUUCAUGGACAGCUCCACGAUGUCUUGUUCUUGUUGGAGGACGCAGGUUUCCCAGGAGAGGAUCGGCUGUUCGUCUUCAACGGUGACUAUGUGGAUCGAGGCGCGUGGGGGCUUGAGACCUUUGUUCUUCUGCUUGCAUGGAAGGUUUUUUUGCCACAUCGAGUGUUUCUUCUCCGUGGCAAUCAUGAGUCCAAAUAUUGCACUUCGGUGUAUGGAUUUGAAAACGAAGUAAUGGUUAAGUAUGGAGACCAAGGCAAGCAAGUUUACAGGAAAUGCUUAAGAUGUUUCGAAGGUCUUCCCUUAGCUUCUAUCAUAGCAGAUUGCAUAUAUACAGCUCAUGGAGGACUUUUUCGCAGCAUGAAUAUUACUCCAUCAAAGAGAUCAAAAGGGAAAAAAGGUCAAAAGAUAGUCACUAAUUCUAAUACAAGCUCUUUAAAGCUAGGUUCCUUGGAAGAGCUAUCAAAAGCAAGACGAACCGUGCUUGACCCCCCAUGGGAAGGAUCAAACCUGAUUCCUGGUGAUGUACUGUGGUCUGAUCCAUCAUUAGGUUUGGGUCUUUCUCCGAACGAAGAGAGGGGCAUUGGUUUACUAUGGGGUCCUGAUUGCACUGAAGAAUUCCUCAAGAAAAAUCAGUUCAAGUUGAUUAUCAGGUCACAUGAAGGCCCUGAUGCAAGGGUUAAACGGCAUAAUCUCACCGGGAUGGAUUCAGGGUAUACAAUUGAUCACGACGUGGAAUCUGGAAAGCUGAUUACUCUGUUUAGUGCUCCAGAUUAUCCCCAAUUUCAGGCCAGUAAGGAGCGAUACAACAACCGGGGUGCAUAUAUUGUGCUGCGGCCACCAGAUUUUUCUACACCUUUUUUCCAUACUUUUGAAGCCAUAAAACCGAGGCCUCAGGUGAGUGCCUACUACGACUACGAAGAAGUAAUCGACUCGGACGAAGAGUUGGAUUUGAAAUCCAUGAACAAUGGCUCCUCGACCGAAGGUGUGGCUUCUGGCCAGACAGAUUAGUUUUACUUGAAAUCAAAGAAAUUUUGUUUCCUUUGUAUGGUUAUGAUUCAGAGCUGUAAGAUCUCUGUCAUCUCAACCCGUAGCGAAGGAUAAGAGGGUAAGUAUGAAAUUAUGUGGCUGUCGGAAAGAAAGAGGACCGAGUGGUGGUUCAACCACAUUCAUGUGGCUGGUGGAAGUAUGUGUGAUCUUUAGGGGUCGUUAAAUAUCUCCGAAAUUUAAUGGUACAAUUUAAUAAUAUAAUUUUUAUUUUAUUUUUA